AUGUCUUUUAAUAUAGAAUCUGAUAAAUCUUUAAAAUUUAAGACUUCCAAGAAAUUAAAGAUAUGCCCAUCAUUUGAAUCGAUGAAAUUAAACUCUGAGUUACUUCAAGGUAUAUAUAACUAUGGUUUUGAAGCACCAUCGGCUAUUCAAUCCAGAGCAAUAUCCCAAAUUAUAGCGGGAAAGGAUACUAUUGCACAAGCACAGUCCGGGACAGGUAAAACAGCAACGUUUACCAUUGGACUUCUCCAAGUUUGCAAUUUACGUAAAUCUGAAUUACAAUGUUUAAUAUUAUCACCAACCAGAGAAUUAGCCUCUCAAAUUAACCAAGUUGUUGGAAAUUUGGGCGAUUAUUUAAAUGUCAAAAGUGCUGCAAUUGUAGGUGGUACUACUUCGAUGGAUAGUAAAUCUAAAAACAAUUUAAAUUUGUUACGUAAAAAUAAAUGUCAUGUGGUCAGUGGUACACCAGGUAGAGUAUUGGAUUUGAUAAAAAAACAAGUCAUUAAUACAAAAAAAGUUAAGAUCGUGGUACUGGAUGAAGCUGAUGAACUUUUAGGAGAAUCCCUUGGUUUCAAACAACAAAUUUAUGACAUAUUUAAACAUUUACCUACAAACUGUCAAGUUGUCGUGGUGAGUGCAACUCUAAAUAAAGAUAUACUAGAAGUAACAAAAAAAUUCAUGACAGAUCCGGUAAAAAUUUUGGUUAAACAGGAUGAAAUAUCAUUGGAAGGUAUUAAGCAAUUUUAUGUUAAUGUUGAUAAAGAGGAAUGGAAGUUCGAUACAUUAUGUGACUUAUAUGAUUCCCUGAGUAUCAACCAAUGUGUGAUAUUCUGUAAUACCAAGAAGAAAGUUGAUUGGCUUUCAACUAAGUUAAUACAAUCUAAUUUCUCUGUAGUGUCAAUGCAUGGAGAUAUGAAACAAGAAGAUAGAGAUAAAGUAAUGAAUGAUUUCAGAUCUGGUCAUUCUAGAGUUUUAAUAUCAACUGACGUAUGGGCAAGAGGUAUUGACGUCCAGCAAGUAUCUCUCGUAGUCAAUUAUGAUAUUCCUGAAAAUAUGGAAAAUUAUAUUCAUCGUAUUGGUAGAUCAGGGAGAUUCGGAAGAAAAGGUAUAGCAAUUAAUUUCAUCACCAAAGAUGAUAUAAGAUUAUUAAAGCAAAUUGAAAAAGUGUAUAAGAUUAAGAUAAAAGCAAUGCCAGCUAAUCUUUCUGAUUUAGCAUAA